AUGCCUUCCUCGCCUUCACGCCGCUCACGAUCACCACGGCAACGUCAACGUCGUUCAAGAUCUCCACCUCACUAUCGUCGUAGAGAUUCCCAAUCACCACCAGCACGUUCUUCUCGUCGUCGCAGAGAUUCGCGAUCCCCAUCGCCACGUCGUUCCCAUCAAAGCGCGCCUCGUCGUCGUGGUUCACCUAAGCAACAUCGUCCACGUCAAAAGUAUGAAUGGGGUCGUCCUGAAGAUCGUGAACAAGAGAAACCAAAAGAACCAGAGAAACCUGCUGAGGAACCCAACUUUGGAUUAUCCGGCAAACUUGCAGCAGAAACCAAUACUGUCAAGGGUGUGGAACUAAAGUACAAUGAACCUCCCGAGGCUGCUAAACCAACGUUGAAAUGGCGAUUGUAUGUCUUUAAAGGCUCUGAACAGAUUGAUCUUUUGCAUAUCCAUCGUCAAAGCUCGUUCUUGAUCGGUAGAGAUCGAUUGGUAGCCGAUAUUCCUGUAGAUCAUCCAUCAUGUUCAAAGCAACACGCUGUUUUGCAAUUUCGACGAGUACCUGAAUCCAAUCCAGACACCGGAAAGACGCAAGAGGUCGUAAAACCUUUCCUUAUUGAUCUUGAUUCCACCAAUGGGACCUAUCUCAACAAUGAACAAAUACCAGGCACACGCUAUGUCGAAUUGCGAGCAAAGGACAUGAUACAAUUUGGUCACAGCACAAGGGAAUACGUAUUACUCCAUAGUUCAAGCUAA